CUCAUUGUUCGGUUAACAAAAUCAAUGGAAAUCUGCCACAUUUGAUACAACGUAACGUUUGCUCUCAGUCAGUCGACGCGUUAUGGCGAAUACGAAUAUUCGAACCGUUUCUCCUAUUUGAGAUCCUUGGGAUUUAUGCAAAGAUUUAUACAAGGAUCUUAAAGCGAAAUAAACCUCAGUCACUCCUGGAAAAUAUACACGUGGACAAUCUCUAGAUCAGAAAGAAAGGGUCAUAAUGGGGGAGCCAGGGGAACGGGCCGUGGCAGGACAGAGACUGGGGGCCCCCGAGAGCUUUGGGGUGUCCACCCUGGAGCCAGGACAGCGCCCCCCUACUGCACCCCCUGGACGUCAGGUCUCUAUCCGGGUGCAGAUGCUGGACGACGCCACAGAGGUCUUUAACAUAUCGCAACGAGCCCCAGCCAAGGUGCUGUUUGAUCUGGUGUGUGCCCAUCUCAACUUGGCUGAAGGAGACUACUUUGGUUUGGAGUACCAAGACCAGAGGAAAAUGAUGGUGUGGGUGGACCUGCUGAAGCCGAUACUGAAACAGAUCAGACGGCCUAAGAACACAAUCCUCCGGUUUGUGGUGAAGUUCUUCCCUCCUGACCACACACAGCUGUUGGAAGAGCUAACACGGUACCUGUUUGCCCUUCAGAUAAAGCAUGACCUGGCCUGUGGCCGGCUGACCUGCAACGACACCAGCGCUGCUCUCCUGGUAUCACACAUCGUCCAGUCUGAAAUAGGAGACUUUGACGAGGUUCAGAGUUUCCAGCAUCUUCUUCACAACAAGUACAUGCCAGACCAGGACGUCCUGAUGGACAAGAUCACGGAAUACCACCGCAAGCACGUAGGCCAGACGCCAGCGGAGUCAGAUUACCAGUUGUUGGAGAUUGCCCGUCGCUUGGAGAUGUACGGAGUGAGACUGCACCCCGCCAAGGAUCGGGAGGGAACCAAGCUCAGUCUGGCCGUGUCUCAUACUGGGGUGUUGGUGUUUCAGGGACACACAAAGAUCAAUGCGUUUAACUGGUCUAAAGUCCGAAAGCUCAGCUUCAAGAGGAAACGCUUUCUCAUAAAACUCAGACCAGAUCUCAACCAGAGUGUCUAUCAGGACACUCUGGAGUUCAUCAUGGCCAGCAGAGACUGCUGUAAGAUCUUCUGGAAGAUCUGUGUGGAGUACCACGCCUUCUUCCGACUGUUUGAGGAACCCAAGCCCAAGCCCAAACCUGUCCUGUUCACCCGUGGAUCCUCGUUUCGGUUCAGUGGGCGGACACAGAAGCAGGUAAUCGACCACGUGAAGGACUCUGAGUUCAAAAAGGUCCCAUUUGAAAGGAAACACAGUAAGAUCAUUUCCAACAGCAGCCUUACCCCCCAGGACAGAAAAAGGGCCCAAGUACAAAAAGAGGGUGCCUCAGCUGACCAGACAGGUUCUCCCCUCCAGCUGGGUCACCAGGCCCUGGUGGACCCCUCUACCGUGACCUCUGGCACCGGUAACGGCCAUCAGGGCUGUUCAGGACCAGAGGGCCCGGGUCAACUCGCCACCGCCCUAAACCAAGAGCAUCAGAACCCAGGGGUGUUGCUGGACAGCCCUGGGCUCCCUGAUGACGCUCUCCUUGCCGGACCUCCAGGGGUGGUGGUUAAUGGGCAGAAAGCCACCCUCCCCCCUGGCCACAGCCCCGACGGGCACCUACCCUCCUCCCAAACCAGCCACACCUCCCCUCUCACCUCCCCACUGCUGACUGAGGCUGGCUACGUCCGCACGGAUGAUGAAGACGAGGUUCAGAGGAAGAAGUUCCCUACUGACAAGGCCUACUUCAUUGCCAAGGAGCUUCUCACCACAGAGAGAACCUUUCUGAAGGACCUGGAGGUUAUAACUGUGUCGUUCCAGGCCUUCCUGCGUAAAGAGGACAACAUGCCAGACUCUGUGAAGACUCUGAUCAACUCCAACUAUGAGCCGGUCUACCAGUUUCACCAGGCCUUCCUCAAGGAGGUGGAACAGAGGCUGCAACAAUGGGAGGGACGGUCCAACGCUCAUAUCAAAGGAGACUACCAGCGAAUCGGGGAUGUCAUGUUGAAGAACAUUCAGGCGUUGAAGCAGCAGUUCAUGAGCCUCCUGCAGCGCCAUGGCGAAGUGCUGGUAGAGCUGGAGCGUUCGUGCCGUGCGUCCCGGCAGCUGGAGGGUGUGUGUCGGGAGCUGGAGCAGCAGAAGGUGUGCUACCUGCCACUCAACAUGUUCCUGCUCCGCCCCCUCCAUCGCCUGCUGCACUACAGGCUGAUCCUGGAGAAGCUCUGCAGACAUUACCCCCCCACACACCAGGAUUUCAGGGACUCCAGAGCGGCCCUCGCUGAUAUCUCUGAGAUGGUGCUUCAGCUUCAGGGGACGAUGAUGAAGAUGGAGAACUUCCAGAAGAUUCUAGAACUGAAGAAAGACCUGACGGGCAUCCAGGAACUGGCUGUACCAGGCAGGGAAUUUAUCCGUCUGGGCUGUCUCAGUAAACUCUCAGGAAAAGGACUGCAACAGAGAAUGUUCUUCCUGUUCAGUGAUGUUCUGGUUUACACCAGCAGAGGGAUGACAUCAGCCAACCAGUUCAAAGUUCACGGCCAGCUUCCCCUCUACGGCAUGACAAUCAGAGAGAGUGAAGAUGAAUGGGGCGUUCCUCACUCCUUCACCCUGUUUGGCCAGCGCCAGUCCAUCGUCGUGGCAGCCAGCUGUGCAUCAGAGAUGGAGAAGUGGACAGAGGACAUCAGGAUGGCUGUAGACCUAGCUGAGCGAACCAAUGGCCCUUCUACUGAACUUCUGUCCACCAGCCUCACAGACAGCAAAGAACCUCUUCAAGAGUCCCCUGAAGAGGGUGGUGUGGAGGCGGAGUCAGAGGAGGAGCUGAGUGCGUCUCGUAGCUCGUUGGAGCGCCACGCAGCGCAGCGAGGAAACACCACUGUUCACGUCUGCUGGCACCGUAACACCUCCGUUUCCAUGGUGGACUUCAGCGUGGCUGUUGAGAACCAGCUGUCAGGCAACCUGCUGAGGAAGUUUAAAAACAGUAAUGGAUGGCAGAAACUCUGGGUGGUCUUCACCAAUUUCAGCCUCUUCUUUUACAAGUCACACCAAGAUGACUACCCUCUUGCAAGCCUCCCGUUGCUAGGCUACUCAGUGACAGUUCCCGCGGAGACAGAGAACAUCCAGAAGGACUAUGUCUUUAAACUUCACUUCAAGUCCCACGUCUACUACUUCAGGUCGGAGAGCCAGUACACCUUUGAAAGGUGGAUGGAGGUGAUUCGUAGUGCUACCUGCUCAGCUAGCCGACCUCUUGUGACCCAGAGGAAGGAUCCCUACUGACAGAGACCUUCCCCCCUCAUAAAGACCCCCUCCAGCCUCCCUAGAACCUUGUUAACUUUACCAACGGGUCCGUCUGUAGGUGGAGGUGUUCUCUGGCAUGCAGUGGGGCGUUUCCACAGAUGCUUUUCUAUUGUUCCUCAAACAGGAGACGGCUGACAUCCAAGAGCACCACAUCAGGGCUUUUUGAACUCACUAAAUGGACAAACCUUUUUGCAUUUGGCAAUUAUGUCAAAAAAAAAAACACAAUUUUGCUCACGUUUUAUUUUACACCUAAGUUACUUAAGAAUACUUUGAUUAUUUAUACUUCAAACCACUGGGGAGGAAGAAUUGUCCUCUUCUAAUUCUCUUUUAGUUCCCCACUCCCUUAUCACACUUCACGUGACCAAACUCUGACUUGGCAGAGCCAGCUCACUUUAAUUUAGGUUACAUGUCAAAGCAGCAGCUUGUGUCUCUGGAGACUUCUUUAUUACACCAGAAACGAUCAUCUUUAUAUCAUCUUUGCGACCUAUAUCGCUUUUCUACAACGAAGCAGAGAAGAAUUGAUGCAGAUCUGAUUAUGGGAGCGAUUUCUGAACUGUCCCAUCAGAAGGUGGACUUUUUGUAAUAAAGGAUGUUUUCUUCGAAGACCUUUCGUGUGUCUAUUCACAGGCCAUACUUUCCAUAAUGAUUUCUGAUGAGCAUCGGUCUGCAUUGAAUCAAUCAGGAUGUGCCUCAUUCUAUUGUAGGGCAAUGUCAUUAAUACCCUUCUAAUACACCCAGUAAAAGAAUCCUUUUUCUUUUUUUUUUGUGUACAAUGCACAACACCCUUUGGUCUGGAAGUGUUUUUUCAGUCUUCAGGUCAAACUGCUUCAGGUCCGAAAACAUAUUUUGUCUUCUAAGUUUGUCAGUUUUACAAAAAAAUUAAAAAACACUUUUAUACAUCAAAAUGUUUCCUUUCCUAGAAAAAAACUACAGAUUUUUUAACACUAAUGUUUAGAAGAGAAUACAGUGUGUAUGCUUGAUAAUCAUACAAUGUAAAUUGCCAUUCAUCUGUUGAAUUGUAUUUAGAGAUUUUAUUCCAUUAGACCAACUGGUUUUAAGUACCUGCUUUAGUAAAAUGACACCAACACCAUGAUAUACACCAGUGGACCCCUGUUAGAAUGGUUCUGAAAGUUACACCUGAUGUGACGGUUUCAAGGGCCUCUUUUUGAACAUUAAAAUGAAUUCUACUGCUGGGUAUCAAAGCAAUAAAAGCACAUUCUUUUCUGAC